AUGAAUCCCCUUCUAUCUCUCAUCCUUUCCUUCCUUCUCUUGACUUUCAUCACCAAUCUUCCAUCAAACACCGCUGCUCCUUCUCAAGUUGUAGACACUAACGGUAACCCCCUUACCCAUGGCAACCAAUACUUCAUUUUUCCAGCAAGUGACAACCCUAAUACCGGAGGACUAACCCUAAACAAAGUCUCUGACUCUGAAUGUCCACUAACCGUCCUCCAAAACAACGCUAACCUUGGCAUCCCAGUCAAAUUCACCAUACCAGAAAGCACCACUGGUACCAUCUUAACCGGUACUGAUCUUGAAAUCGAGUUCACUGAGAAACCUAACUGCGCUGAAUCAUCAAAAUGGUUGCUGUUUGUUGAUAACACCACUCAACUGAACUGUGUUGGUAUUGGUGGUCCUGAAAACUAUCUUGGUGUUGAAACUGUUAGUGGAAAGUUUUUGAUAGCGAAACAUGGAUCUGGAGGUGUUUAUAGGCUUGGGUUUUGUUUGGAUAAUGAUGGUGAUUGUGGUUAUCUUGGACUGAAAGUGUUUGGUGGCGAAGAAGGUGGAUCAAGGUUGAUUUUAACUGUAACUGAUCCUUAUUCUGUUGUGUUUGUUGAUGCUGCUGUUAAAUCUGUUGCAGCUGCUGAAAUUAGUAACAUGCGUUAG